AGUCUGGUUCUGGUGAACUUCCAGGACGAUGCAGUCCGGGGGGGCGGGGCCUCGGUGCAGGUGGUGAUGGGUCAUGCCGUGCAGGAGGUGCAGGUCUUGCAGGAGGCGGACCAGGAGACCACGGACCGUCUGCAGACCUCCUUCCUGCCCGCGAGCGCCCGCCCCCUCGCCCCGGAGCAGCGGCACCGGAGGCGGGCCAGCGUGCGGCGCUGGCUGGAGCAGAACCGGGUCCCGGUGCAGGAGGACGGCGAGGACCUGCUGGUGGCCGGCGCUCUGACCAUCACGGCGCCGUAUGGACCCGAGGACUGCUGCAGCUCCAACCAGAUCAUCCUGGACCGCGUCCAGAGACUGAUCCAGAGUCAGCCGCCGCCUGCUGACCAAUCAGAGCGCAGCAGCUGUGACUGACACUUGUCUGAGACAGUUUGAGUUCAGAUUAAGUUUUGUUUUCUGUCUUAUGGCCAAUAAAAAUCCCUGAAGGGUGAA